AUGUUGCUUAGUCAUAGCAAGGCUGGUGUGGAUGUUGCAGCUGCAUUAUCACAUUAUUGGUGUGAUCUUAAAGAUAAAGUUACAGGAUUGGCGCUUGUGCAGAGUCCUUAUGGUGGAACCCCAAUUGCAUCUGACAUCAUGCGUAAAAGCCAAAUUGUUGAUAAAGAAACUAGAAGAAUCAUGGAACUCAUAGUAUUCUUGGAUCUACAAUAUAGUUUUCUUGAUGGUGCUAUCGACGAUGGAAAAUAUGAAGAUGAAUGUCGGACAGUUCUUGGCACGUGGUCGUUUCCCGUCUUCACAUUAGAUAAACUGAUAGACAAGCUUACAAAUUGA